ACAACUACGACAACAUCUCGAGUUUUACCUUUCCUAAGAUUAAUUGAAGAUUAUGACAUCACUAACGAUGAUGAUGACGAUAAUCGCAAUAAUGAUGACGACGACGAUGACGGAGUGCUUCCACCUGGGUGGGAGGCGCGCGUGGACCCCUCCCUGAAUCUCGUCUACUACGUAGACCACAACAACAAAACGACGACAUGGCAGAGGCCGACUCGCAACAUGCUCAACAACCUCAACUCGUUCCAGCUCUGGCUAGCCAUGCAGAACAACAACAUCGACAGCAUUCUCAAUAGUAGAUACAAUAUGGCGUCGUCGGUGACGUCAUCCGUGACGCCACCGAAUGUUAAUGCUUACAACAACAGCAAAAUAAUAAUAAUAAUAACGUCAAUGAUAUUGUUGGUAAUAAUGACUAUGAUACCUUUUUGGAUACUGUUUUUGAUGUCAGUGAUAGCAACAUCAUUAAUAGCCAUAAUAAUAAUAAUAAUAAUAAUAAUAAUAAUAAUAAUAAUAAUAAUAAUAAUUGGUGGUAAUGCUAGCAAUAAUAACAAUAAUAAUGAAAGUAGCAAUAAAUGUAGUAGUAGUAGUAGUAGUAAUAAUAAUAAUAAUAGCAAUGGUGUUGGUGAGAAUACUGAUGAGCAAGUUCAAGGUCAAGAAUCACCAUUGCCAGAGGGCUGGGAAUUGAACAUAGACAAAAGGGGCAGGGUAUAUUACACCAAUCGGAGGCUGCGAAUUACUCAGUGGGAGGAUCCACGACAGCAGAGUUUUUUUCGAGAUGACCCUCUGCCAGACGGUUGGGAAAUGUCGUUCACAGAUGGCGGUGUCGUCUACUUCAUCAACCACAACAACAAGACGACGACGUAUAAAGAUCCUCGGAAGAAAGAACAUGUUGUCUGUCCCAUAGGGAACUUUGGAGUGGCUCUACAGUACGAGAGGAAUUUUAAAUGGAAGAUGAAUCAAUUCAGACUUAAUUGUGUGAAUCACGCUACGCCAGGAUUUGUGAAGAUUAUCCUAUCAAGAGAGCAUCUAUUUGAGGAUUCAUUUAUACAGAUAUCGAGGAUUCCAGCUUCCGAUCUGAAGAGGAAACUGUUCAUUUCCUAUCAGGAUGAGGACGCCCUGGACUACGGGGGCGUGGCAAGAGAUUGGUUCAUGAGGCUCUCGCACGAAGUUUGCAAUCCCAUCUUCAGCCUGUUCGAAUACGUCAACAACCAUAACUACAGACUCCAGAUUAAUCCAGCGUCCUUCGUUAAUCCGGACUAUUUAAAAUAUUUCACUUUCAUUGGGAGAUUUGUCGGAAUGGCUUUGUUUCAUGGCAAGUUCAUAGAUAGUGGUUUCUCCCUCUCUUUCUACAAGAGCAUUCUUAAUAGGAAGUUCUGCCUGAAAGAUGUCGAGAGCCACGAUGUGCACAUGUAUAACUCGUUACUCUGGCUCAAAACUCACAACAUCGAUGACGCCGAUGAUUUAGAAAUCUACUUUAAUGACGACAUCGACGUCCUUGGCCAAUUGGAACACUACGAAUUGAAAGAGGGCGGUGACAAUAUCAAAGUUACUGAACAGAGCAAACUGGAAUACAUCGAAUUGAAGAUUAACUCACUAUUCACUAGAGGCGUGGACGAGCAGAUGAAAGCGUUUAAAAGUGGAUUCCACGAAAUCAUACCCAAACAGUGGCUUAUUCUCUUAGAUGAAAGAGAGUUAGAGCUGAUGCUAUGUGGCAUGCAGGAGAUAAACGUUGAUGAUUGGCAAAAGAAUACGAUCUACAGACAUUACACGCCAACAUCGAAAACCAUCAUUCAUUUCUGGAAGUUCGUACACAACUUAGACAAUGAGAGAAGAACUCGCCUACUCCAAUUUGUGACGGGCACUUGUCGUCUGCCUCUUGGCGGUUUCUCUCAUCUCAUUGGAAACAACGGACCACAGAAAUUUUGCAUUGAGAAGAUGGGUAAGGAGUCGUGGCUGCCCAGGUCUCACACCUGCUUCAACCGGAUCGAUCUACCGCCCUACAAGACCUACGACCAACUCGCUGAAAAGUUAACCUACGCAAUAGAAGAAACUGAAGGAUUCGGCCAGGAAUGAAUGAAUGAAUGAGUGAGUGAGUGAGUGAGUGAGUGAGUGAGUGAGUGAGUGAGUGAGUGAGUGAGUGAGUGAGUGAUUGAUUGAAUGAAUGAAUGAAUGAUUAAUUAAUUAAUUAUUUGAUUUUGUGAUUUAAUGGAUGGAUGUUUAGGUGAAUGAAUAGAUAAAUAUGUAACUCUAAAUGAAUAUAUGUUUCUAUAAUAGAUUAAAUAAACAAAUGAUUGAAAGAAUGAUUAAAUGUUUGAAUGAAUGAAUAAAUAAAUGAAUGAACGAACGAACGAAUGAAUAAAUGAAUGAACGGUUGUUUGUUUUUCUAAUUUAUUUGUUAUCUUAAUGAUAACAUUGCUGGGCUGUGGUUAAUCAGGGUUGAGGUUGGUUAAGUAAUGUUACUACUACUUACAUUUUCUUGUUUAAACAGCGUGUCUAUGAUGUUUUUUUUAAAUUUAUCAAAAAUAGAUACAAAACAUUUUAUUAUGUUUUAAAUUGCAUUUAAGUUUCCUAUCAUGAUCUAAAAUUUAUGAUAAAAUUUAUGAACAGAAAACUUUGCUCUUUGUAUAGUUUUUCAAUUAUUUUUUUUCCAUUCUUUAUAUUUUACUAGGUAGGUACUACAUUCAUUCGUUUGUUGUGUUUGUCUCUUUAUUUUUAUAUAUAUAGGAUAUAUUUUUAUAUUUAAAAUGGAUAAUUUUAUAUUUUUGAGUUUGUUUUCUAUAUAUUUCUUUCUAUUUUCCAACUUUCUAUUUUUUUUCAAAAUUAAUUUAUUUGUUGGUUUAUUUACUAAUAUAAGCGUAGAUUAUUUAAUUAUGUCUUCUAAUUAUUUCGAUAUAUCUAUUAAUUAUUUUGAUAUAUCUUAUAAUUAUUUAGAUAUAUCUCAUAAUUAUUUAGAUAUAUCUUGAUUUUUUCGAUAUACCUUAAAACUUGAUGAAAUCUUCACGCGAUUGUGCCUUUGAGGGUGGUUGUGAAUGACAUUCUUCUAUCACCAAUUCGAAUCAUUUGUAAGUAAUUUUGAUAAGUUUAGUUGAUUAUUUUGACAAUUAUCAUCAAUUUGAUUCCGUUCUUGUUUCUGUGAUAAAAUAAAUUAAUAA